AUGACCGAUAUUAAUCGCACCAAACAGAGCUAUCUGCACAAACACAACGGCAAGAUCGAUCCGCAAUCAGUGCAAUCCCCAUCGGUGCUGCACUCUGCGGGAUCGAACACGGCCGAACAUGGUCGUGCGGCCAGCAAUAGCGCUGGAUCUAGCGCGGGCGGUUCGUUGAAACGCAACAAUAGUCAUCAUCAGCGAUUGAAAAAAUCCAACACAAGCACUCUGGACCGAGGCUCUAAUGGUCCUGUGGAGUACGGCGGUAACUUUAGUCAUCAUCAGCAGCAGCAGCAGGAACAACAACAGACCGGAACGACCUGUACGAGAUCCGGCGCCGGUUCCGGUCUAGCCAAGAGCUGGUCGAAAACCUCCAGCAGUAGCACCUCCCAAUCGACGUCCCACGGCCCAGCGGAACAAACGCCGCACACACACGAAACAGGCAGCAGUGGCCGACCUCCGGGGACAAAUUUAGCACCCACCGUCAAAACGGAAGCCUCGCUCAGUGACGAUUUUAAGCGCUUCCACACGCUCCGCAACAGCUACGGUGGCAAAUCCAAUUUAAAUGUAAAUAACACCGAUCACAUGAUAAAAUCGCAGGUCCUACUUCACCAGCAGAAGCUGCGCGAGUACUCUCGACAACUUCCCGCCCAGCAGCACCAUGACAACGAUAGCUACUCAACCUGCUCCUCGUCCCAGUCCGACUACCAGCAUCCUCCGCAGCAACCACACCAGCAGCACCAGCCGAACCAUCGCCACAAGCAUCACACUCACUAUCGUGUGCAUCAGCAUCAACACCAUCAGCCGGCACAAGCCCACAAUGUCCUACCGACGCAGUCCAUCUACCCCAUCUCUGCCACGGUGGCCGCAACAGCCACGUUGACGCGCGCCGGCGGUUUCGGUGGGGCCGGUGCCGGUGGAGGUUCGAUAUUGAAAAAUGCCACCAGCAGCAACCAUCAGGAUCCGGCCGGGAGUCGGAACAGCCUCAAACGAGGACCGGGCGGAUUGAGCACGCUGUCACUGUGCAGCUGUGACGCGGAAACGGAGAUAAUACCGAAUCCAUUAAGGCCAUUAUAUCAGUACAGCCUGGACAGGAAAAAUCCACGCCAGCACACCUACACGUGCGAGCAGAAUGCACAGAUUUUGCUGCGACUGGAAAAGGACCGUCAGAAGAAGUUUGGCUCCAUGGGAAAAUUGCAUCUGACCACAUCAACCGGUGACUUAAGCCUAGCGUCCACAGCGAUGCAACGACACUCGAGCAUAACGGGUGCAUCCGUGCCGACCUCGUCCGUUUCGACUCCAACUCCCACGCCUCCUCCUCCGCUAGCUGCAACUGGACCCGGAAAAGUCACCGGAACUGCGUGCAAGGUGGCGGCCAACGUGCUUUCGUUUGACUGCCAGCAUGGAUCGUAUCCUCGGGGUGAUAAUUAUGCCGAGGACGAUUCGUACAGUGAAGAUAUGAUACCGCCUCCGCCACCUCCACUGAAUCGACGGCCAUCCUACGGAUACGGCUGUGUGGUGCAACCUGUUGCAUCCGGACCGGAACCGACGCACCCAGACCCGCAGUCCAACCCAGCCAACAUCAGCUUCGGACGUGAAGUAGACGGCCUGGUCGGAACCAUGAAUCAGCCGGAUCUGUUCAACUUUGCCUCAAACACAAACGGUUCGUUGAGUGGCACGCUAAAGUCAACACUGAAAUCCGCCAAAUCGUCGACAAACGGUAAAACAACUUCCGGCUCAUUGGGCAUGCCUGUCGACGGCAAGUCGAAACUGAACGACCCGCUUCCGGUUAUGAUGGUGGACCUGAUGAACGGUAACACGGCCGCCUCGCUUCCGAAUGGAAAUGAUCCGGCCGGCACGAAGCCAUAUCCGCCUUACUACUUCGAUGAUAAUUAUCUCCAUCACCACUACUACUACCAGAACGGCGAAGAUCGGUACGGAGAGACCGGAUCCGAUGUGCCGCUGAAGGAAGCGAUGGAUGCGGGGCAGUUGUAUCUCUACCACCAACAUCAUCACCAUCCGGAUGCGGUCACUGCCGGCUACAUACCGAACUACGAUGCACUUAACCUUCCUGCGAAGUACAAUACGAUCGGGCCGAACGGGGAUUUGCCACUGUCGGGGCACUUCUCCGGACUGGGAGGCAAGUACCCGGUGGCGGGCGGUGGAGUGGGUCACCAUGCCAGCUCCUGCAAUAUCAAUCAGUACUCCGGCUCGACGAAAAGCAACCUCAUUGCAUCGCACAACCACCACUUCUCCAACUCGAUCAGCAACUUCAACUUCAAUCCCUCGCAGUACUUCGGCUCGGGGCUGGAGCCCGCUCCAGGCACCACUAUCCUUCCCGGGGGCGUGAUGGGUGGCGUAAUGGGAGGUGGUGAUGGUUUUCCCUCCUCCUGCAGCCUUAACGGAACGCCCAACAAACAACAGCCACACCCGUGGAAACACCGCCAAUGUCCGAGUCGUGGUUCCAGCAGUACCGGGUCCGGAUCAUCCAAAUGGGACCUUCCUUCGAGACAGUGGCUAGCGGUGACCUCCAUAUUGUUGAUCGCUGGAGCAGCCGGAGUAGCAGUCCCGCUCACCCUGAAGGUAUCCUCCGGUGCACCCCUUGAGAAACGACUGCAGGUGGCUACCCAGCUGCUCGACACAGUGCCUUUAAUCGAUGGUCACAACGAUCUGCCGUGGAACAUACAGAAAUUCCUGCACAAUCGAUUUUCGAAGUCGUACUACUACCGCACAAAAACUGUCAAAAUGUGUUCAUUAAUCGAUGCCCAGGAUGGGCCCAGCGGUUCGCUCGGUGUCCUGCGCAAUUACUAUGCCCUCGAGAUUCGGUACAUGACCCUUACACGCACCUGCCUUGGGCGAAUGGCGGAUGCACCGAAGUAUGACAUCCGACACGGUGGACUUACGGCUUACGGCAAGAUGCGCACGCCACGGACGGUUGGUCGCGUGAAACAUGGACCCAUGUACGUCAAGAUCCACCUGUCAGAAAUCGGUGAUGAAAAAUCGUGUCCACAUCGCACAACGUGGUACCUUUGCGUGGUAGAAGAGUUCUUUACAGGUUACCGUAAGUGA